AUGAGGUACCAGUUAUAUUGUGUUCUAUUGAUUCUCCUAAAGAACGCGGCUUGUCUUCCUCAAUUUAUCUCCAAUGGAAACCUGGAGCGUUUUGGUGGCAUUUCAGUUGAUGAAUACAGAUAUUCGAAUGUUCUGACAGAAAGUUCGUUUGAGCAUGGAAUCGCUUCGGGCGAUCCAACCAUGAACUCGAUAAUUCUAUGGACAAGAAUCACAAUCCGCAAAAAUACUCAUGGUUUAGUUCCAGUAUAUUUGGCCAUUUCGGAGUCUCUUUACAUGGAAAAUGCGACACGUUAUACCACUUUCACGAACUCUGAAAUUGAUUAUACCGUGAAAGUAGAUGUUGAGGGCUUAGAUCCUGGAAAAACGUACUAUUACCAGUUUCUAUCGGCAGAUGGAGAAUCCACCAGAAUUGGAAGAACCAAGACAUUGCCACCAAACAGUUGGAUUGGGGAACUCAAGUUUGCUGUUUACUCUUGUUCCAAUUUUGCAGGGGGAUUCUUUACCUCAUACGCAAUGCCAGCAGUGAAGGACUCAGUAGACUACGUUAUUCAUUUGGGUGAUUAUAUCUAUGAGCACGAAAACGGGGUUUAUACCAACGGAACGGCAAUUGGUAGAACACAUUUGCCUAACACGGAAAUGUGGACACUCAAAAACUACAGAGACAGAUACGCAGUAUACAGGUCAGAUCAUGACCUACAACUAUCUCAUGCCCAGUUUCCUUGGAUUCUAGUGUGGGACGACCACGAAGUUGCUGAUAACAGUUGGCUCAGAGGCAGCGUGAACUCGAUAGGUUGGGACUUUUUGGAACGGAAAGAAAAUGCCAUUAGAGCUUAUAUUGAAUGGCUUCCAAUAAGACCACAGCAAAAUAUAAACAAAAUUUGGAGAAGGCUCAAAUUUGGAAAGUUAUUGGACCUUCUCAUGAUUGAUACACGGCAUUAUUCAAGAGACGUCACUGAUGUAUACACCAAUACCGAUUACAUUGCUUCCAUUGCCGAUCGAGAGGAAAGAACGAUGAUGGGGUUUGAUCAGGAAGACUGGCUUUAUUCUUCUUUAAAAACAAGUGAAUCUGUAUGGAAAGUGAUUGGAAGUCAGACAGUGGUCAACCAUGUUGAGUUUGGAGCCAUUGGUGAUAUCAUUGGCGCCCCGUUUUCUGAGCGAAACUACGACUCUUUUGAUGGAUAUACCGCAAACAGACGACGUCUGUUAGAUGCAAUAGAUGAGAACAAUAUCUCGAAUGUCGUUCUCGUAUCUGGUGACUUUCAUGUAUCUUGGGUUCAUGAACUCAAGAAAGAUGUUGAAAGCUACGAUAUGAAAACAGGAGAAGGCUCUCUUCUGGUGGAGUUUGCAUCAACUGCGUGUAGUUCGCCGACAACUUUUCCAAAACACUUUACAAUAGAAGACUGCUUGAAACUGUCUGAAACGUUUGUCUCUAGCAACGUCGGAGUGUUGUGGAAUGAAGGCUGGUACAGAGGGUACUUCGAGCUAACACUAAACGAAAAAGAAGUCCAGGCUGAUUACUUUGGUACUAAUGUUACGAACGAUAUCCGCGAGGAGGUCAAACUGGCAACCUUCGUCGUUGAUCAAGGCAAAAACCGUAUUCGUCGUUCUUUCGAUGGACAAAUUCACUACGGGUUCUUGGAUCCCCGGGUCAUGUGA